UCGCUCUCGUUCAUAUCUUAUUUAACUCCUCCACAACAGAUAUCUACAAGAGAUAUCAACGCUAUAGCUUCAUGGCAUAGUAUUUUAGGCAUCUAUAGAUAAUAUUUGCUUGCGUACCAUACGUAAUAUGUCUACUAAACCUAGUGACAUUUCCGGCGAUACCAGUCAACCUGAUGUAGGCAAUACCAUUGGUUCUGUCAAGGCUGAGGAGAUCAUAUUUAUAUCAAGACAACCCGGAGCGUCCAAUUUAUACGAUAUAUUCAGCUUAAAAGAAGAAACCGGAGACCAGGAACCGACGUUUAGACUAUUCCAGUCUUCGGAUGCUGGUAUACCGCAGCCGCUCCUAGAUGAAUUUUUAAUCGAGGGUCUUCCGGAUUACUUGAAAAGUAGUCCGUCGCGGCGCAUCCAUGCUGUGGUGUCGACUGGCUCCGGGACGGGUCUUGCUCUAAAUUUUUACAACGAAGUUGUUAGGCGGCUUUUACCGGGGCGCGAGGCUUAUCCUUCGGAUCCGACUAUAAACUCGGUGGAAAUAUCCAAGCCGAAUCCGCACGAUCUGGUUGUUACGCAGAGCGCUCAUAGCGUACGCGAGUUUGCGCGAGAGAUUAGUCGCGCGGAUGAAGAUGCGGUUCAACAUACCGUGGUGCUGCUUAGUGGUGAUGGGGGUGUCAUCGAAAUGCUUAACGGUCAAGUGUCGGUAGAGGGGCACGACUCGGAAGAGCGUCUACCGUUGAUUGUUAUACUCCCGUUGGGUACAGGGAAUGCACUUUUCCACUCCCUUCACAAGUCGGCGGGCGCUACAUCAAGGUUUCCAGCGCCGUCUAGUCUAGUCCAAGGCUUGCGCACUUUGUUCAACGGCCGAGCUGCCGCGCUACCUUCUUUCAAGGUUGAAUUCUCUCCCGGCUCUCGCAUUAUAACCUACAAGAGCCCCGAUUCCAGCUCUGAUUCUGUGGAAGAAGUUGAAGGCCACGCCGACGCUGUGUCUCAUCUCUACGGGGCCAUCGUUGCUAGCUACGGCUUCCACAGCCAGCUGGUCUGGGAGAGCGACACGCCGGAGUACCGAAAACACGGUUCUAAGCGCUUCGGUAUGGUUGCACAGCAGUUGCUUAAGGAGAGCCACGCGUAUAAUGCAAUCGUUGAACUCUCCGGGAAAGAUGGCUCCAAUGUACAAAAGCUGGACCGGGAUCGGCACGCAUAUAUCCUAGCUACGAUGGUAUCUAAUCUAGAGAAAACCUUCACCAUAUCUCCAGCUAGCAAGCCCCUAGAUAGGAAAUUAAGGCUCGUUCAUUUCGGUGCUGUUAGUGGAGAGAAGACUAUGGAGAUCAUGACGCAGGCGUAUAACGAUGGAAAGCAUAUCGGGAUGAAGUGGACUACAGAGGAUGGUAAGGAAGAGGGAGUUGGAUACGACGAUACUAGUGUGGUUAAGAUCACUACUUUAGAGGAAGACGCUAGAUGGCGUAAGGUCUGUAUCGAUGGUACCAUUGUAGAGCUGCCUCAAGGUGGUUCUAUAACUAUCAGGACGGAAGAUAGACCUCGCUUCCGGGUUGUGGUGGACAAGUCACUAGUUAGAUAGAUACCGAGUUCACAUCUAGCCUGUAUAGGAGGUAUGCACGCCAUAUACACUAUCGUAACUGAUCCGGUUAGAAUGGUAGCUCAAAAAGUACGCAUAGUCUUAACUAGACAACAAGACUACAGCACAGCUAUGCGGUAUAUACACGCCGGCCUGAGUCAUUACCUCGAUUUUAACCAAUCACAAAGCGUUCAUCAAUGAACCAGAAUGAAUCAUAGGCGCUACUGCAGCCAAGAACUCACCCCAACACUAUCUACGGUGGACUAUAAGUGCAACUGUGCUAAAAUCAAGAAAGUCGGUUGCACUAUAUCUAAUAAGGUAAUAGUAACAUUAGAGAUCGUAUAAGCUCGAUCAAUAUAUCGAAUGCUAGACUGGACUUUUAGACCGAAUUAACAAAAGUCACGUUAUGCAAUGCGGCUUAAAGAUUUAUAUUAUAACAUAUAUCAGUUUCGCCCCCCUUUUCGAUAAAGAAUUAUCCAAUUCAUAUUGUUUAUUAAUAGCCAGGAUAUUUGAUAUACUGUCGUUAACAUGACGUCCAUGGAAGCUGAGAGCGUUUCGACUAUUGUAUGCACCUCUAAACAAACUCGCUUCAACAUCGGGACCCCUAACUAUCGCGAGUUAGAUAUCGAAGGACUGAAUAUAAUCGUCAAGUCAG